AUGGACGUUCAUCAUCUGGAGAAACGAUGCGCCGAUCUGGCGCUGGUUGAAGAGGAAACGGGUGGUCUGGAGGCUCCUGAGGCACAGGCGAUGCCGGACGCGUCGAUUCUAAACAACCUCGUAGGGCGCCUGCUUACGGAUCGGCCAAUCCGUUUCGAACACAUGCAGCAUGUCCUGGCAUCAGUGUGGCGCCCGGUUAUGGGUAUGUAUGCAGUUUCGUUGGCGGACGAUCUCUUUUUGUUCCAGUUUCCACAUCCGAAGGAUCUGCAGUGCGUUAUGGAGGACGGGCCAUGGUCUUUCGAAAACCAUCUCCUUCUUUGCGAGCAGGUUCCGCCUGGCAAUCGACCAGAGGAGGUCACUCUGGAUUCUGUCUCCUUCUGGGUACAGAUUCACGGACUGCCCGCCAUGUAUGCUUCGCCGGAUUUUAUCAUCAAAAUCGGGGAGUACAUUGGAUCGUUCAUAACCUCCGAUCCUUUCAACUUCGGAGGCGCGUGGAAGAGUUUCUACAGAAUCCAGGUACGCAUGAGUAUUUUGGAUCCGAUCAAACGUCGCAUGAAGCUGUUACGGCGUGAUGGCACGACUCAGUGGGUCACGUUCGAAUAUGAGAGAUUAAGCACUUUCUGCUAUUGCUGCAACCGGCUUGGUCAUGCUGACAAAUUUUGCAGGGUAGCUUACGAGAAGGGAAUCCUACCUGAGGAUUACCCGUUCGGAGCCUGGCUGAGAGCUGGACCCAGGCGACAGGUGCGACUAGUGGGAGCCAAGUGGUUAUUGUCAAACUCCUCCCCUACGAAGCUGCCUUCCGCCCUCACGGAAGGACCAUCGCCAACAAUGUUAGUGACAAUGACGGAAGCUGAGGGACUACAGGGCAAUCUGAAAAGACGUAGGGAAGCUUUGGACAUAGAAGAUACGGUGACUGAAGAUGACAUUUUGAUGGCUAAUAACGGCAAAACUGAUGAGUUGGCGGGCCAGGCUUGCCGUGCCCAAUGA